CCCUGAACCUCCGUUUGUAGGUCAUUUGAUAGAGUGGUGCGUUUUAAAGAGCGGCUGGUCCGCUUUUACAUUGGGAAUAAGUGUAUGCUUUUAUGAGUAAUUAGUCAAAAUGGCUCCCAGUCCUGUCGAAGAGCUGGCUCUUUUGGACCUAGAAAGAUCGAACAAGGGCGCAUCCAAACAACGCCGCGACCAAAUUAACAAUGAGAUCGGAACCCUGCGAGAUCUGUUGCCCCUCCCUGAGAGCGCCAGACAACGCCUCUCUCAGUUACAAAUCAUGUCCCUCAGUUGUGUUUUUAUCCGGAAAUGUAAUAUCUUACAAAAACUAUUUAAUGCCACACCCGGGACCUCAUCGGAUUCACCAUGCGAUUUUUCACAGUCUUUGACUGGGUUUUUGCUUGUUACCACACGUGAAGGAAAACUGGUGUACAUUUCGGAGAAUGUUACUGAAUAUUUGGGUCAUUCAAUGGUCGACAUGAAGACUCAAGGAGACAGUCUAUUUGACAUCGUUGACAAACGCGACCAUGGGACCGUUCGCGCCCAGCUUUUACACGGCGCCGGAGAAGUUGAUCCGGAUAAAGAGGUGGCCUUCUUCUGUAGAAUGAACAUGUCCAGAACACUCAAGCGACAAGCUGGCUUCGGCGACGUCAAGGUGAUGCAUGUAAAAGGACACUUUGCAACUGUGCCAGGACAGGAACCGGGUACAGAGCAACAAGUGUUCAUGGCGCUCUGUUCUCCUCUUAUAACUCCCGACAUUAAGGAAAGCCUUAUUCAGAACAACACCAUGGUUUUUAAGAGCGUGCAUCAGCUCGAUAUGAAUUUCAUCGAGCUAACUGAGAACGGGGAGUAUCAUCUUGGGGUUAAAAAUGAAGACAUCUGCAGCAAAUCUUGGUACUCUUAUCUGCAUCCCGAAGACAUUUAUGAAGCCCGAGAGAAACAUGUGCAAUUGAUCAAGUCUCGACAUGAGAUGGGAUGCAUGAUGACUGUUCGCAUGAUUACAGCAUCGGGCGAAAUUAUUUGGGUCAACAUCGUUAUGCAUGUUCGCCAAGCCUUAUUGUCAAACAGCGAUGAUCCAGUAAUUCUGUGCAUUAACCAAGUCAUUAGCGAGAAGGAAGCCUACCAAUUCAAAGUCCAGGGCCAACUGUUCGCCCUUUACGCUGCCCGAUCUCCCGACUUCUUCUUUGGUACUGCUUUUUGUGCUCCCAUUACACCAGCAAUGGAAAAUGUCAUGUCCCCAUCUUCUGGUAUUCUCCCUCCGCCCUUCUUCUCUCGUCAGCAGCCUUUCGAUAACGCGCUCACAGCGCAAACGGCACCUUAUAUGCAAAACCCUGUUGCAGCAAACCAAUCCACUAUGUUUAUGAAAAAUGGGUACCAGCCAAACGUCGGACGCCAGGGUCACACCGAUACACUCAAAGCCCUCAAGAGGAAGAUCCAAGAAAAUUAUACAUGUAAACCACCCGUCAAAGUUCCACGCAUGGUCAAUGGUCUUGCGCACAGAAACACAUUCUCUCCACCACAAGACACCACCCCACUGCCACCAUCAUUUGAAAGUAACCUCUACAGGAACACCUUUGGUCCUCACGUUGGAGGAGGAGAUCAUCGCGGAAUAGGACAGGGGCCCAUGCAGGUCAUGUACGCCCAUAACCUAUCCACCGUGAUGAUGUCGCCAAAGGAGAAAAGUUACAUGCCUGAUGUUUUCUCACCGAAACCAAUGUACGAAGAGAAACGAUUAGAGCAAGUUGUUCCUGAUGUCAGUAUCCCACCAUGUUAUCUUACGCCCGAGCCUUCACCGGUUUCAUCCCCAGAACCACCAAAGAAAUGUGAGCCCGUGCGCACAGUAAAAGAGACCAAACUUAUAGAUCCAUUGCUCAUCGCAAAACAUCUUUGUGCUUUAAAGCAAAGACAACUAAAUCCAAAUGCUUCUAUGAAUCCAAAUGGCGAGCAGCGAAAACUCUUGCCAAGCCUUGACGUUGAUUACGUUGAUUCGUUUUUCAACGAAAUAGACAAUGUUUCGCUGACGAGAGAAGAAGAAAUCCUACUGCUUCAGAAGAUUGCGAGGGAGAAAAUAACCAUCAAAGAAGAGCCCAUCGAACACGAAGCCUGCAAAGAAAACCAUGAACCUCUGACGAAUGACUUCGAUAUUGAAGAAUUCCUACAGUUCACAGAGAAACCAAAAGAUGAGACAGUGCAGGUCAAGGUGGAAUCUCGAAGCGAUGAUCAGCAAGUGAUGAGUUUCGAGAACUCCCCAUCUCCAUCAUCUCCCUACAGCACAAUCAGCGCAGCAGACGACAAGUUCAACAGCGAUGACUUCUCAUCGUUUGCCCUCACACCGGAAUCGGGCUUUGAAAGCGAUUCAUUGGAUGACGUACUGGAGACUGACUGCUGGGAUUUGGAGUCGGUAAAGAUGGACCUGUCAAUGACGUCCACGCCGCCAAAUCACCCGGCUUUCAGGAUGACCCCAGACGUUCAUCCGGAACCUGAGUUGUAUCAACUCAAACAACUCAUUUCUUCUUGCACGCCAAGUGGUAUGCAGGAUUUCACCGAAGACUCCCAGUAGGCCGUUGUGUAAGUUCCGACUUACGAUUUUCUUUCCGUAUGGCAUAUUGCCAUUUUCCUUCUACUAUUUCGUCAUUUCCAUGCGAUCCGCAGGACCGGAGGUAGCCAUAGGACUUGACCAUUCCGCUGGCCGGAAUUCAAACAUUUUUCGUUCGAGUUUUAGAUUGUGUAAAUAAAUAUGCUUGGACAAAUUUGUGCAAAGUUCCACUGGCUGGAACCGGACACUUUUAUAUCUUUGAUACAAUUGUACUUUUGCAUGUGUUUUUGUACCGUACUAUUAAGUGUACUUUCUCGUUUGUACAAGAUUGUUGGGCUGGUCUCGCUGUCUUUUAAAUGUGUAGAUUUUGAAGUUAUCAAACAUCUAUAUAUUUUUUCCAAACGAUAUUGUAUUUUUAGAUCGGUACUUGUACCUUCAUUUUAUUGUGUAGAUUUUUGAAGUUAUCAAUUAUCUAUGUCAUCAUCACCCUCAUUCUAUCACCCCCUCGUUAACGCUGGUCGUUAAUGAAAAUUAAGAUGGAGAAUUUGUUUUUGAUUUUGAUAGAAAUCUUACAAGGAAUCGCUUGUCAAUUUUCUUGACUGAUCACUAACAUUUUUCUUUAACGUCAAUAAGACGGUUAAGGGCUGGUCCCUUUGUCUUUGAGGCUGGUACUCAAGUUUUUCUCAUGUUUUUAUUCAUAUUUUGCUUAAACUCGUCCAAAGAUUUACCGCUGGUUCGGAAAUAUUAUGCAUUUUAAUUGUAUAUUAAUUUUUUGUCCAUAAAUUUUGCUGUUCUAGAAAUUGUACGUUUCAGUUGAGCAUAUUUCUGGUUUUAAUAAAUAUACAAGAUUUAA